AUGGAGCCAGGACCCUUGGAUCCAACAGUUCUACAUGGACAGGCCACACACAGGUCAUCUGUAGCAUGGACAGGUGUUGACUCUAAGGACCUUCAUUGUAGACGGCGUGAGGCGAUCUUCCAUCGCACCAGUGUACUCGAUGGGCGUAUUAUUCCAUUGUUGCAGCAGGCAGGCUUCUAUGGUGUUGCACGCUUAGGAUUCAUUUCCUUAGAUUGGCAUCUUAUUACUGCAUUUGUUGAGAGAUGGCGACCUGAGACUCAUACCUUCCACUUACCUCAGGAGGAGUGCACGAUUAUACUACAGGAUAUUGCCAUGUUGAUUGGACUACCAGUAGAUGGAGAUGUAGUUACUGGUAGCACAUGUUUAGAUUGGAGGCGUGUAUGUUAUUCUCUAUUAGGACUCACUCCUGGAGAUACAGACAUAGAUGGUCAGUGCCUUCAUCUUACAUGGUUGAGUCAGAGUUUCCCUACUUUGGCACCAGAUGCUGAUGAGGAGUCUAUUCAGCGUUAUACUAGGGCUUAUAUCUUACAACUCAUUGGAGGUUUUCUAUUUUCAGGAAAGUUUAGCGAUAAGUUAUGGGUAUCGAAGAGGUUCCCAUUUAUUGCACCUCAUCAUUUACAUAUAGCUCCACAUGAUGACCAGUUGCCUCCACCUCCAUUGGCCAUUCGGUGGAGAGAUGAGUUUCGGACAACUUCGAUUAGCAUGCACGUCUUAGCUCAGUAUAGGCACCAUCUUGAUCGACUUACAGCAGAUCAGAUUAUAUGGCAGCCUUAUGUUGAUGACAUGAAUGUUGGUCUUCCUGAUUAG